AUAUGUGUGUUAGCUUUUGACGUAAAUCAACCAUCUAAGGUUCCAAGAAGAAGAAGUCAAACGAAUUAUUGCUCACAAUACUACUUGCAUUGCACACAAACAAUUCAGAUCUGAUCUCGUUAACAGAACGUACAUGAUCGACCGCUGCAAAAACCAAACAAAAACUGGUCAGGCAUCCAAUGUUUUUAUCAACACCAUCAAGACAAGCGCGAGCAGACCGGCUCGGCCACAUUUAUCAGGUGAGACAAAAUAUUAAGUGGACGGUCUAUAUGGACAUGAAAUAAACUAUGAAAUACUCCAUCUGAA